CCCUUGCCUCCGAAUCGGAUCGCCGCCCCCGCUGCCGCUGCCGCUGCCGCCGAGCGGAAGCAGCCAUCACCCCAAACCCUAGCCAGCCAUCCAACUAUGGAGCCGCCCGCCGCCGCCGCCGCCGACUCCUCGCCCGAUCCGACGCCGCAGGACCAGUUUCCUGCCCCGUCCCCUUCUCCCUCCGCCUCCCCGGCCAAGCGCUCCGCCUGGAAGCACCCCUCCCCCAACGGCCCCGCCGUCAUGGAUGCCAACCACUGGCCCGCGCUCUCCGACGCCGCCAAGGGCAUCAAGCUCCCAGACUCCUCGUCUUCCUCGCCUGCGCCCGUCGCCGCCCCAUCGGCCGUUGCCAAUUCCUCCAGUUCGCAAAAGCACGGCGCCCAUCACGUCCGCCACAAGUCCGCCAGGCGUGGCGGCGGCGGGGAGCACUCUCCACGAGACCAUCCUGACCGGACCACAGCCACGGGUUGGGACCACGCCGGCGGCGGUGGGGGUAGGGGUGCCCAGAGGAACCAUAAUAACGGAGGCGGCAGGAGAGGCAACGCCGCCGCUGCCUCUGCCGCCGGACCUUCUCACCAUGGUGCCGGUGGCAGCGGCGGAGGUGGAGGCUUUGGUGCCAGGCGAAGAGGGGCCUACGAGCCGCCCUUCUAUCGUGGCCCUCCACCACCAGUGGGCAUGGGCCACUACAUGCGAGGUGCCCCACCACCACCACCUCCUCCGCCGCCCAUGACCGUCGCUCCACCGUUCAUGGGCCCGCCACCGCCGCCAGUCUCACCCAUGCGCCCCUUCGCUGGACCAAUGGUGUUCCAUGACAUGUCAUCUCCUGUAUCCCCCAUAUACUUUUAUGGGCCACCACCACCAGAGGCUCUUAGGGGACUGGCUAUUGCGCCUCCUAUGGUUGGUCCACCUGCUUAUCCUUACUUCCAAGCGCAGCCUGAGCCACAGCCUGAGCCUCAGCCUGAUGCUGAGCCUGACGUAGAAGAGGAACGUGUCAAGCUGCUCAAGCAGAUAGAGUUCUACUUCAGCAAGGAGAACCUGUGCUCAGAUGUUUACUUGAGGCAGCAGAUGGAUGAUCAAGGCUGGGUUGAUAUAUCUCUUAUAGCUGGCUUCAAAAAGGUCCAAGGGCUAAAGAAGGACCUGCAAUAUAUAAAAGAGACGGUGCAGUCCUCAUCUAUUCUGGAAAUGAAGGAUAACAAGAUCAGGAAGCAUGAUGACUGGGUGAAAUGGGUGAUCCCUCGUGAGAGCAAUCCUGAUGUCCCGUCAAGCUCAGCAUCUGUACCAAGGCCUGAUGUCAAUAAUCUGACGGCACAUCUUGGAGGCAUGGAUCUGCAGGAUUCUGCUAGCUCUGCUGGCGCUGUGGAGCCGAAGCAUAAUGAUGUGGUCCAGAACGGAUCGCCUUCUGGUAAUGAAGAGGCUGCAGUAGCUGAGGACAGCUCUGAUCAGCAGUAGUUACAACAAGGCAGUGGUUUGGAUUCACACCAUGACUGCAGGGGUUUUGUCGGUGCGCGAAUGACAGGGCACAAGUGGUAACUUUUUUUUGGCAACUUUUGGAGGGGAGGCGAGAGGCGUAUUAGACUGACAAGCGAACGUGUUUACUGGCGUUCAGGUAAGAUUUUGGUUUACCUUGUUAUAUUCAGGGGUAGCGAUGAAGAUUUGGGGCAGUUGGUGGAAUGGAGAUGAAGCAGAAUAGUGGGAAAACGAAGGUGGUGAUAUCUGGAGGCGCCUAGGACCGAGGACAAAGAUUAUGUGUGAUAAGUUAGUAGCCCCCCUGUGGUUGUUUACUGGGGGGGGUUGCGUUUGCACACGGGCGCUUGGAUGCUAUCAUGCUGUUGUUACGAUGAACUAGUUGGUUUUCGUCUGCGUUAGGAUGGGGGAUGUUGUAGGACCUCCGAUUUUUUUUAUGGAGGAGCUGAACUUGGAGAGCCAGGGAGUUUUUUUUUUUUUUGGACUUGUUGUUUUGUGGCAUGAUGGUGUUAAAUUGAAGUAAGAAGAUGCUCAUUCUGCUGU